CAGCUGGUGUUUGCUUCGGAAGUUUUGGUGUUUGCCGAGUACUCGGAGUUCGUGUGCGCUGUCGUCUAUGGCGUUUACACGCUCUCGCUGUACCACACGCCGUACGCCAAGUACAAUUUGUCGUUCAUUGGCCUGUCGGAGGGGUGUUUCUGGGCGUCAUUGACGAAUUCUGCUGUGUACUCGGUCUUUGAGGGAUUCACGCUGUUGUUUCUGUUCAUUCUCGCCCGAGCCAAGUACGGCUUCUCCACCUUCUACCAACUCGCGUUCGUGCUGGAGAAAUACUGGAUGGGGGUCCAAGGGAAGGUGAUCGGCAGUCUUUCGCUCAUAUUCAUCCUCAACACUGUGCACCACGGCACGUUUGUUAGCUUA